AUGGGCAAUGGGGUAACAGUGCAGGGCUAUCAGAUAACCCAGAUUCAGGCGGCUUUCUUGGCAAAGCUCAGGCCUCUGCAAUCCUUGGCAAUCUUGUGCUUCCGGAGAUGCCCUCUGCGCCUAUCCCUGCUGUGGAUAGACGAAAUGAUUUACCAGGAAAUUGGAAACCACACCAAAGUGACCGAAUUCGUUCUCGUGGGACUGUCCAACCACCCCACAUCCCAGAGUGUUCUUUUCUGGGCACUGAUGUUUCUCUACAUACUAACUUUGGCAGGAAACAGCAUGAUCGUUUUCCUGGUGGGAGUCAGUUCUCAGCUUCACACCCCAAUGUAUUUCUUCCUUGGUAACUCGUCUUUACUGGAUCUCCUGUUCUCCACCAGUGCUUUACCCCUGAUCAUGGCGCACUCCCUGCAGAACUCUCCCACCAUCUCCUACAGCUCCUGUUUUGCCCAGCUUGCCAUCCGAGCCUUCUUGGCACUGACUGAGUGUUUCCUUCUGGCCAUUAUGGCUUACGACCGAUUCGUGGCUAUCUCAAAUCCACUCAGGUACAACUUGGUCAUGUCUUCUCGAGAAUGCACUUUAAUGGCUUUGGUUGUGUGGGUGACAGCCUUCCUGCUCACUGUCGUGCCCAUUCUGCUCUUCCCCAUCAGUUUCUGUGGGCAUAAUGCAGUCAAUCACUUCUCCUGUGAAGUCCAAGCCAUCUUCAAAUUGCUCUGUUCUAACACCAUUUCCCUAGAGGUUAUGAUGAUGGUAUGUGCUGUCAUUUCAAUGCCAGGACCUUUAACUUUCAUCCUUAUCUCUUACCUUUGUAUCCUCACGGCUGUCUUAAGAAUCCAUUCAACUGAGGCUAGGCUUAAGGCCUUUUCCACAUGUGGUUCUCACCUGGUCGUGGUCACCAUCUACUUUGGGACACUAAUAUAUAUUUAUAUGAGACCACAGGCCAAAAAGUCCCAAGAUGGGGACAAAAUUGUCUCUAUAUUUUAUGCAGCAGUGACACCAAUGCUAAAUCCCCUCAUCUACACCCUGAUAAAUAAGGAUGUAAAAGCUGCUCUCAGGAGAGUAUCUUGUGGGGCCAAGUCCUCAUGCUUCAAGCACACGACAUUGUGUCCUGGGUGGCUCGGCGUUGAAUACCCACUCAUGGCUCGCACGUCUGCUGCUCAAGGCUUCCGAACGUUUGAUUUGCAAGCGUUUUCAGAUAGGCCACACGUAGUAGAGCUGGAAGCUGCUUCUGUCUGGGUCAUCACGGACCGCGGGGGUGACGGUUGUGGAGAGAACAAGCACUGA